AUGGAGCGUACGCAGUCUGGUCUAUCCAUAUCAUCCGACACAUCUGCUGUAGACUCCCCGUGCGGCCAGGGGGGCGACUGUGGGCAUCAUGAUCACCCGCCGCUACUCAGUGAUCUCGCUGCCGCCCGACUUGUGCGGAAGCAUGUUGCUGAUAUCCGCCGGCGGAGGCAUCGAGACUCACAGCACGGCCGCAUUCUCAAAGCCUUGAUCAACCCCAAGUCUAGGGAGGCAGAUUUCCCACUCGACAACGACGCCCUCCGGAGCAUCUUCUCUGCCGCAAACGAGCUCUUCUUCGCGAAUAGGCUGUCACAAAGAGUCACAUGGGACUGGAGCCACCCGGCUAGUCCACAAUACGAGAGCCAUAUUGUCGGCACGACCGCUCUACGCCGAAGCAUUCGUCUAGGAGGGUAUGAGACCCUCAUCGUGUUAUCAUCGCCAAUCCUCAAAGACACAAAAUACAACCGCCGUCUUCUCAUCUCUACCUUCUUACACGAAAUGAUUCACAGCUUCUUGUUCAUCACGUGCGGCAUCAAAGCUCGACACCACGGCGGCCAUACGGAAGGGUUCCGCCAGAUCGCUGAAAUAAUCGAUGACUGGGUUGGGAAAGAACACCUUCGGCUGCGUGAUAUGGAGGCUGACCUAGAGCGUUUUAUCCAUGAGGAUGAGGCAGCGCCUCCUGCAGCUGACCAUGCCCCAAUGGACGGUGGCUCAACACAUAUGAACAACUAUCAUUAUUACGACAAUAGCAACAACAACCCUACCACGAUGUGGCCCGUCCCUGAAUGGCAUCACGUCGAUAAUCGAGAUUAUCGCACCAUCGAAGCCCCUCAGCCUUAUAAGAAAUAUCCUAGCAACAAUGACGAGUGGGAGUGGCAUGAUAGGGAAGGGUUCCCGGCCCACGAUAAUAUACCUCUACGCCAUCACUAA